AUGCCAUCUCCGCAGUCAGAAGCGAUUAAAAUAGUAUUUGGUGAUAUUGGAAAGAUUCUCAGUCAAGGAAAUCUCCCGCUUGACAUUACCAGAUCUGUUGUUGAACGUGCACAUACUCUGGCAUCGGAAUCUACGGAUGUGACCUACGAUGAGGUAGACUGCCCAGGGUCGGAAACCCCAGCACUUUGGUGUAAGCCCAUUGGGGCCUCUGGAAAACAUAUUGUGCUUUAUUUCCAUGGUGGAGGUUACACCUCUGGGAAUCCACACAUGUAUCGAAAAUUAGCAGGGCAUUUGGGGAAAGCCAUUGGCUUCCAGGUCCUGGUGACUGACUUUCGAAAGGCCCCAGAGGCCCCUUUUCCUGCCCAGCACGAAGAUUCCACUGCAACAUAUCAAUGGCUGCUUCAAAAAGGCUACCUUCCGGAGAAUAUUGUGCUAGCUGGUGACUCGGCUGGGGGCAAUCUCGCAAUUACAACCGCGCUCAGACUGAAGAAAGAUGGGAAGAAACUUCCAGGCGCUGUCGUUACUUUCUCGCCUUGGGUCGAUAUGGAACUGAACGGCAAGACCUUCGAAACGAACUCUGGUACCGACGUUAUCAUCACUCGAGCUGCUUCAGCCAUGGCAGUAGCAGCUUGGCUUCAGCAGGCAUCUCCCAAAGAUCCCCUUGCGAACCCACUGUAUGCGGAUUUCGCGGGAUAUCCGCCUCUUUUUAUAUCGGCUGGCACCCACGAAUCCCUUCUCGAUGACUCUGUCAGACUCGCGGAAGUUGCAGAGCGAGCAGGAGUUCAUGUUUUCUUUGAGCAAGUUGAAGGUUUGCAACAUGUUCACGAGUUCAUGGCUGGCAAGGCACCUGAGGUUGACGAGACUUUUGCGAAAGUGAGAAAAUUCUUGGAAACGGAGCUGAAGCUGUGA